CUCUGCAUACAUGCCAAUACAGUUAACAGACAAUUAGAGAACUUGGAAUUCUUUGAAGUGCUGCUUUCCUAUACUUUUAAUUUUUAAAAACAUGUAAGAAGAGAAACAUAUGCAGCAUAAUAAACCUGAGUAUCUUCUCUUUAAAGUAGGAUGCUUUUUGACUAUCAAGGAACAAUGAAAUUAUCUUGUUGACACUUUGGUUAGAAAUCUGUCCUGACCCCUAUCUGACUGCUAAAAACUUUCUCUUUCCCUCUGAUUUUCUGUCAUUAAAAUGUUUUCAUUCCUUUAAAUGUUUUUGGUUUGUUUGUUUUUUUUAAUCCUGCCUUUUUUUGGGUUUCAGUGCUUUAUACAUCAUUUUCCCCACAGCUGCCCUUGAAAGUGGGAAAUUUCCAUGAUGUGAUUUCUUUUAACAUGUUGAUGAUAACUUCCAUAUAAUGUUAUCAGUUUUUUCACAUGUACAGAUUGUGUCAGACAACCCUAAAAAGGAUCAUGGCCUCUUAAAUAUGCAUUUUAAAGUGUUACUUUAGGACUUGAAGUUCAAGUGGUCCUUUUUUUCCUGGACAUUGUCUAAGCUGAAAGCAGACAGCUGAUGAGGUUACAGGAGCAUAGUUGUGGAUAUGUACUAGACUUGCCCUUUUGGAAAAACGUUAGAUCUUGAUCCUGACAGCCAUUUAUCAAUUGCACUUAAGAUUAAAGCAUUGGCAAGUAAACAGACAAACAUUAGAAGGAGAGUUUAUAUAGUUGUUUUUUUAACAAGAAGCAUGUCAGUGGAUACAGAUCUCUUUGAUGCUGAAAAAAACCAGCGCUAUUCAUCACUGUCUUACUGGAAUGUUCUCCAUUUUCACAAAAGUAAUAGAAUGAGCAGUGAAAUUUAAUGCCGUAUUUGUGUUGCUUGUAUGUGCCUGAAAACACUUUUGCAAGUGUUGGCUUCAACCUGGCAUUUUAAUGUUAAAAUUAAAACAAACAGCUGAACCUAAACAUUUUACAAGUAAUGGAGUAUGUAUGUCCAACCUGGGCUGUUUCAGUACUGAAGAAAUAUUUUUAUCUAUCUCCUCUCCCUGGGUGCUACUUGCUGUUGGAGACACCUGGAAAAAUUCUACCAUAAAUUGUUAAAGGGUUGUUUAUUCUUUCAAUAAUGCUAAGGAAGUCUGGUUUUACUGACUCUUACAAAACAAGCUGUGUUUGUUGGUAUUAUGUUUUAUGCUAGACUCAUAAAUGCUUCCUAAAUGAUUGUUAAUCCUGAGUUUACAUAAUGAGGUGCAACUGUGUCCAUGAUUAUCUGACAGUAGGCAAAUGGUAGCCAGUAGCUGUUGCUAUUCUGACUUAAUAUCCUUUACAACAACUAAGUCCUGUUGCUCAUUCAAACAGAGAGAAGGGUUCUUUCUAUACAUGGUAGUAUCUAAAAUGUAUUAUGCUGAGGUGAUUUUCUUGUAUUAGGGAUAACAAAGAUGUACCCUGUGUAUCUCAGUGGUAAUGACUGUUUGGCUCAAUUACAUCAACAUCUUGUAAAUGCUGACUGGCUUGCUUCUGUCUUCAAGUCCCUACUCUGAAAUUCUUUUCUAUAUUUUUAAUAUGAGCUGUUUAUCAUGAGAAGCCUGUGUCACCAUGAGUGCUCAGGGCUUGUAAAAACUGCACAACAGUUACUUGUGUGGUGAAUGUAAUUACUUCAGAAAAUAACCUAAUUCCAGAGUUGACUUCAUUGAAAUUUUUGUUCAUAACCAAUGCCUCUUUCAGUUGCCUACUCAAAACAUCUGAAUAUUUUUGUCCUCUUUGCUUAGGGGUGACAAAAUGGGCCAUUUUUAGUGUUUAAAGAUGAAAUCAGAGAAAAUGAAAUAGAAAAUAGAAAAUAGGAUUUGCUGCUUAGCAAGAGCAAAGAGCUUUGUUCCAUGUUUAGCUUUCCCAUAUGUUUUUCAAUGCUACCUCAGAUAAACAGGUAAUUCUGUAAUUUAAUUUUGUUAGUAACAAUUAGAAAUUUUAGUUCCCUACUAAUGAUGGCUUUGCUCUUGCAUUUUUGAUUACUAUUGAUUUCGUCAGUAGUAUUAAUUAUAUGACCUGUGUGAAAGUACAAAGACAAGAUAAGUAAUUUUUAUUGCUGCAUUUUUUGCGCAUGUGUAAUUAUAGUUAGUACUGGGUCCAAAGGUCCUUGAAGCAAGAACAUUAGACUUACUUACCGGAUAGAAUACACAUCACCUUCACCUUGCCUCAAAAGGCUUGUCAGAUUUUCCUUUAUGUGUAGUUUAAGUCCUUUACAUAAAGCUUAAAUAUAACUGUGGCUCUAGUUAUGGAGGAAUGAAAUCAGCUGGGACAAAUUCAUUGAAACCUCUGAAGAAAACAUGAAGUGUUCCUUGGCAUGUUGGUAAUCAUCUGGAGAAGAAACAGUGCAUUUUUCUCAGCGGGAACUCUUCAAGCAGUAGGAAAGCAAAACAGUUCUACUGGAUUUUCAUGGAUGUGGUGGGAGAAAAUGAGGCCUUACAGCAGUUCUUUGAAGGGCAAGAUGUCCAUGGAGCCUUGGAGAAUCCCAUGGUGGAUACAAGCAUGUUGGAAGAAUUCAUUAGUAGUGACAUAGAGUUUGGUACCUUGCAAAGCCAGUUGCCAGACUCCCCACCGGACUCUGGAUCGGAACCAUGUUCUCCACCACAGCUACAGACCCCAUGGUAUGAUACGACAUGGCCCAGUGGGCUGCAGCCUCCGCUCCCAUGCCCAUCUGCUGUGGCACCCAGCAAGCUUCCCUGCAGGUUCAUGGAGGCUUACUCUGACCCCAGUGCCACUGGGCAUCCUUGCACCAUCUCCCAAGGCUGCAGUCUGAAGAUGGAAAAUCCUGUGACUCCUUGGAAUCAUUCUACAUCCUCCAACUGUUUGGGUUUUAAUUAUUCAUACUUUCCGCCUAAUGCAUCUCAGAUUUCUGGUAUUUCUGCAGAAUCAGGCAAAAAAAGGAAGCUUUCCCAAUUACUGGGUGAUGUCACUGAUUCUCCACUGCGGUCUCAGGACUCCAGACAAGCAACUCUUAAGGACUGUGCUGCUGAACUGCAAGAAUAUGACAGUGAUGGACAGAAUGCAGCUUUGGAAAAAUGCUGUCAAGCUCUAACAUGGCAACCAUAUCAAACUUCUCAGUGGAACAGCUUGCUUAACUCUAAUUAUGAAAAACUACCUGCUGUAGGAUAUCACAUUGUCACAGAUAAAGGAUUUAAUUUUUCAACAGCAGAUGAUGCCUUUGUGUGCCAGAAGAAGAAUCAUUUCCAAAUCACAGUCCAUAUUAGAAUCACUGGACAUCCAAAAUAUGUCAAAACUCAGCUGGGGGGAAAACCUAUAGAAAAGUUUUACUUGAAAGCUUAUGGAAUUAAGGUGGAAGCUCCAAAUCAAACAAUUACUAUUGAACAGUCUCAGUCAGAUCGAAGCAAAAAAACUUUCCAUCCUGUUAAAGUUGAUCUGCCAGGGGACCAGGUGACUAAAGUAACACUGGGAAGGCUGCACUUCAGUGAAACAACAGCAAAUAAUAUGAGAAAAAAGGGGAAACCUAAUCCUGAUCAGAGAUAUUUCAUGCUGGUAGUUGGACUGUAUGCUGUCUCUCAGGACCAACUUUACCUACUAUCUGCAAAUGUCUCUGAAAAGAUCAUUGUGAGGGCAUCUAAUCCAGGGCAGUUUGAGAAUGACAGUGAUGUACUGUGGCAGCGAGGACACGUUCCAGAGACGAUAGUCUGUCAUGGUCGAGUAGGAAUUAACACAGAUGCACCAGACGAAGCGCUGGUUGUCUGUGGAAAUGCAAAAGUUAUGGGCAGAGUCAUGCAUCCAUCUGACAGCCGAGCAAAACAGAAUAUCCGGGAGGUCGAUACAAAUGAGCAGUUGAGAAGAAUAACACAAAUGAGGCUGGUGGAAUAUGACUACAAGCCCGAAUUUGCAUCUGUUAUGGGAAUAAAAGAUACCCAUGAAACAGGAAUAAUAGCCCAGGAAGUGAAGGAGCUUUUACCUGAAGCUGUUAGAGAAGUUGGAGAUGUUGCUUGUGAUGAUGGAGAAAAAAUAGAAAACUUCCUCAUGGUUGACAAGGAUCAGAUCUUUAUGGAGAAUGUUGGUGCUGUAAAGCAACUUUGUAAAGUAACGAACAAUCUUGAAGUCAGAAUAGAAGAACUGGAACAGUGGAACAGGAAACUGGCCAGGCUGAAACGGAUGAGCAGUUUAAAAUCAACAGUCAGUGAAGAGAGCAAAGUCAGCAGGUAUAGUCGAGCUACUAGUUUUUUGCCAUCAAAAAAAUCAGUCCUGCUAAAAUCCAGCAAGGUUUGUUUGUCAAAGACCAAAGAAUCUUGCUCCAUGAAGAUUUUCCGGGUGACUAUAGUAGCUUUGAUUGCUAUUAUGGCACUAUGUGCUUUGACAAUAUGGAGCCUAUAUUUACUUAGCAUUCAUGACAGACGUUUUGAAAAACAUCCGGUUUCCAGUACCUCAAGUUCUGUUUUACUCUCCUCCACCCCUACAACAGCGUUUCAGAUGGAAAGCACAAUUCCUCAGAGCACACAGCCCAUCAGCAGGAUCCCUGAAGUGAAUUUCUGUGACAUUUUGCCUUGUGACAAGGUCUAUUGUUGUCCAAUUCAUCAACCAAAAGUCAAAUCUCUAAGUUAUGAAAAAAACAAUGCAAAGGAGAAACGAAACAAAAGUGGCAUACUACCUGAACAAGAUCCAGUCAAAAAACGUAAUGGAAGACCUGAUCUUGGAAAUGACUGGAUUGAUACAACAAUCAGUUCCAUACAGAUUUUGGAAACUCAGCAAAGCAUUGACAAUCGCUAUUGCAGUAAAAAUCUGCAGUGCAGCUCUGGAAAUUACAGCUUUGUUAUUCCUGUUAACAAAUACACGCCCAUGGAUGUAGAAAUCUCACUGGAAAUAAACACCACAGAGCCAUUAAUUAUAUUUCUCUGCAAAGUCACAUUUGGAAAUUAUUGCUCCCAUUAUUCUUCAAGCCAAAACAGUAGGAAGGAUUUCCUAGAAACCACACAGGGGCGUCACCAUAUUUGGACUCUCCCCGUAGCUAAGUUGUAUGACAGCGCAUACUAUUUCCGUGUGGCUGUACCGGGUUUUGCUGGCUGCUCAACAGACUCUUAUUUUGCUGGAAUAUUUUUUACUGAUUACUACUUCUACUUUUAUCGGCAGUGUAACUAAAAUGUUUCCAAACAUUCUGUUCUUUGGGGAAAAGAUGAGGAAAUUCUUGAUAUGAAAAAGAGACUUGUGAAUGA